AUGUCUGCAUCACUCGAUUCAAACUUAGAUCCGAUGGAAGAAAUACGCUUUCGAAAAAAACAUGGUGCUAUGUGGAUAGAGAUUCAGAAGGAGACACACUUUAGUUUUGACGAACUUGAACAAAUUAUGGUAAUUUUUUUCAAGAUUCAAAAGCGCGAUGAGAAGCCGGCGGCAUCUGAUUUAAUAUCGAGGGCACAUUUUAGAGACGUUCUGCACACUGGCCUGGGGAUGACAGAUUCUUAUAUGAUGGAGCGGGUGAUGGUAGCCUUAGACCGUGGUACUUCACCAUUUGUUACCAUGGCAACUUUCGCCAAAGCAAUAUCUCUCUACUUGAGAGGCACGUUGGAGGAACGAAUUUCCUACGCGUUUACGUGCUAUGACUUGCUUGGUGAAGGGUAUUUAAGGAGGGAAACGAUGUAUCAAUGUAUGAAGAAGAGCAUCGCAAAAGCUUCCCGUGAUGACGAUGUCGAAGAAGCUGUCAAGGAGUUCGUGGAUAUUAUGUUAAAACGCAUGGACACAGAUGUAGAUGGCGUUAUCAACUUCGAUGACUUCCACAAGUCAGUGACGAAAACACCUUCAUUAUUGGAAAGUCUCGGGUAUUGUCUACCGGAGAGACCUGCUGUUUACUCCUUCUUGGCUACUUGGUGUCCUAAUUGGGCCAAAAUGUAA